CGUAGGAGACGAGGAAAUUAGAUUUGCGGUUACGGUGUUUGUUGCGUGCUCGUGUGCAUGGAGACCCUUCCUCUUGGCUUCCGUCAGUGACACGCUAACAUUUUAUUCGCGAGAAUUUGCUAUCGUACGGAGGAACAACGUCAGAGCACUACUUGUAUCAUCGGCAUUAUCAGCGGUGGAUGAGUAUAUCAACUGAUGAUCUUUAACACGUACCUGCGAAGCGUGUACAAAGGUUGUCCCGCUUCAACUCUGUGGAGAAUCGAUGACUUUGUUUUCUCUGGCGGCGAGUUCAUUUUCAGCGACUGUUGUUUGAGCUUGUCUCAUUACCACAUGAUUAAUUACUCUCCAAAGACGAUAAAGGCCUCGUUAUCUACCCAUGUUGCAGAAAUAGGACGCAUUAUUAUGAAACGAGAUUAAAAAAAACACUGGUGCAACUUUGAACUUUCAGAUCAAAUACUGGCAAUUUUCAAAUUUGUGAAUGUUUCAAGAAGGCUUAGCAACUGUGAGCUUUGAUGCAUUUAAUGAAUCUUUUAAUUCCGACAGGCCGAAACCCGCAACGCCCAUUGAACAUUUAAAUGUAAAUUUUUGGUCUGCGACAAAACUAAUUCAAAGACAAUUUCAAAUUUGUCAGACCUCCUUAUCUAACCAGUGUCAACAACUGUAGCAUCCAACAGAGAGACAUUUACAUGAUUCGGGUCCCUUCGCAUUUGGUUGAACUCCAUCUUUUGGGAAAAAAAACCUACAACUGGCAAACGAACAACAUGGCGACGGGGAACAAGAUUUUGUCAGCACCGCUGGUUCUACCAAAGCAGCCUCAACCGUUCGCCGUCAUCAGCGAGCACUGGCAGGACAAGCUGCAGCUCAGCUCUCCUCGGGUUGAGGAGGAGAACGCCGAAGGCUCUCUAGCAGACAUCUACAGCUUCGGAGACGUCUACGAAGAGAGCCUCUACAAGCUCAUCCACAAGCAUCUGGAGUUGGACACCCACGACCGGCUGGCCUAUGUGGGAGGAAGCAAGGGCUCCUUGGCCGAAAAGAUCAAGGAGAGGUUCUGCCUCCUUCAGCCCAUGGUCAACAUCUUCCCCGGCUUGAUCCACUACCAGGAGACCCCAAACCAGAGGAUGCUGCCUUUUAAGAUCUGCCACGUCGGUGCGGAGGAGUACUUCCGGCAGCUCUCGGAAGACCUGGUCCGGGACCACAAAGAGCCUCCCUUUGAUAAGAUGAUCUUGAAGGAUUCCGUGGAGCAUCUCACGAACCUGGCUGAGUCUUUCUCGCAUGUUAUGCGGACUCUGAGUCCCACCGGGAAGGUGCUGAUCAUCCACCGACCGGGACCCAUGAGCACCCUGCCGGUGUUCAGCGAGGCAUCCCGUCGGUUCAUCGAGAACGACUCAGACGAGCCGUACAUCAAAAUCAUCCGGAGCUUGCAGGAGAUCAAGGUGGAUGCCAAGUGGGAGAUCGAGACUGUACCAAUCGUCAUGUCGAAGGUCAAAUGGCUGGCCAUGCUGCAGGAGAAAUUCCCGCCGCAGAUGGAGAUCAUCUCCAACUACCAGGUGCAGACGGGCAUCCGGGAGCUCACGGAGGGGAUGUUCAAGUACCAGGGGGAGGAAGUGGAGUUCUUCGACCGGCUGCUGUUCAUCACGGCGUCGCAUCGCAUGAAGGACAGCGAGUUUCCCAGCAUCCAGCGACAUGGAGCGGCCGCCGGGAAACCCUACCCCGGUCUCAUGGACAUGAAGUACACUUUGAAAGUAACUGGGGACAUUUAUGGCCACGUGCAAAAGAGGGCGGAAGAAGAAGACAAACGAAAUAAAAUAUUGUUUUAGUCAGAUAAUUAUGUUUUCAUUGUCACAUCUAAACCUGAAAAAACGCCUGCACAGUUUUGUACUAAAAGUAAAGUACUGUAAUUUAGGGAAAUUGGUCAACCUUUUUUUUUGCAAACUCGAAUUUCUAUGUCGUUUAUUUUUAUCUUGAUAAUGUGACUUUCAAACUGUGCAAUUGCAUGCGAUUUAGCUUUCUUAGACACGAAUGAUUCCUCAAAGACAACAAUUUAACAAAGGUGUCUUCAAAAUGAUCUCCUCGGAAGUAUGUAAGUCUAUUCAUAAGAUGGAAUUUGCGUCGGGUUGAUGUAAAUCAAUAUUGGGUUUUGCCCUUCACCAGCGUAUAAACACUGUGUACUCAGACAUGUUUACGUUACAUACCGGUA